AUGGCUGAAAUGGGCAUUCUCCAAACCGAGAAUCCAUUGCCUUCACCAGCAUUCACCAACGCAAUUCCUGAAAAUACACUAGAAGCUGAAGACUGGAAACAUCGGCCACCAUAUCAUACCCAUGGUCAUGAUACAUUCGGCCCCAUCAAGUGGAAGGGCUCAUGCAAGUGUGGUAAAAUCACAUAUGCUUUAAACCGCGACCGACCGUUAAACGCCAAGUUUUGCCAUUGUCGAGGUUGCCAGGUGAUGCAUGGUGCUCCCUUUCAAUGGGCAGCAAUUUUCCAUAAAGACGAUGUCUCCUUCACAAAGGGCUCCAGCGGACUAGCAUUCUUCUCGGCUGCCCAUAACUCGCAGAAAUACGACAACCCCACCAAAGUUUCAUGCAGCUUUUGUCACACUCUGAUAAUGGACGAAGGCCGCAAUAUGUGCUUGUUGUUUCCGCAGUUGAUCCACCUCGAGGGCUCUUCAGAUGAGCGGCGGAAAAGGCUGGAGGAAUUCAAGCCUACGUGUCAUAUUUAUUAUGAGCAGCGCAUGUUUGACGUUCCUGAUGGAAGGCCCAAAUGGUCAGAGAUGGAUGAGCAUAGUCAGCUGCUCGACGACCAUGGAAAGCCCAUCCAAUGA